AUGGGAGAUAAAACUGCCGAGGAAGAUCUUCGAUUAGAAUUUAUUAGUGAUUAUCUCUCGAAAACAUUACGUCUUAAAUCCGAUAAAUGGCCAAAAUUGCUUGGAAAUGAAGAUUAUAAGUCUGUUUUAAUGGAAUUUUUAAAUAAUCCUAAAGUAAAAACAAUUAUUUUUACAAUUAAUAAUUCUGGAUUACUACAACCCCUUCUCACAUAUCCUCCCAAUCCCAAAAAUAAAUCAGUUUACUUUAUUAAAAAAGAAGAAGAAGCUGCAACGGUCGAAAACAUUUCUAAACUUUGUAUUUUCGGUGACAUGGCUCCUAAUCCUGUAGAAGAAUUGUCUGUUUUAAUUGAAGAGUUAUUUGUACCACUUCUAUCCAAUCCUGACAAUCAAGAAGGGUGGCCUAAGUGUGUAGCAGAAGAUGUAAUGACGCAUAUUCAUGCAUUUAGAGGAACAGUUUAUCAAAUAAAAGGCAAAAUUACCGGACAGACUCUUUUACCCAUGCCAGUUGGAAUAGAAAAAGUUUAUCAAGAAGUUCAAAAUUUAAUUGAAUCACAAGGUAAAUCAGUAAAUCUUCAACUAAAAAGUGCUAUUGAAGGUGCAGUUAUUAAAUGGGCUCAUCAGAUAAAUGAUGUUUUAUCUGAAUCUACUGAUAUUUUGUUUAAAAACAAUAAUCAUCCAUUGCCUGAAUCAGAGAUAAAUUUUUGGAAUCAACGUUUGAAAAAUUUAGAAUCUAUAUUUGAUCAAUUAAGAGAUCCAAGAAUUAAAAAAAUGGCAAUUGUUUUAGAGAUUACAGAGAGCAGUUACACACUUACUUUUAAAACUUUCUUUAGAAAUUUAGUAGCAGCCAUUAUUGAAGCUAAGGAUGUGUGUUUACAUCUAAACCCUUUAUUAAAAAUGUUUGAUGAUUUUCAAGGACUUGAUUUUAAUGUAGCCACUCAAUAUUUGGAACCAAUUUUACAUUGUAUUUGUUUGGUUUGGGCACAUAGUAGAUAUUAUUGUCUUUCUAAAAGAAUAGUUACUUUAUUAAAAAUGUUUGGAAAUAGUAUUGUUGAACAGUGCAUGAAACAAAUAGAUCCUGGUUCGGUUUUUCAAGGAGAUCAAGAAAAUACAAGAAAUCAUAUAAUUUUUUUUGAAAAAAAACUAAGUGAUUUUCUGAAAACAUUUGAAAAAUAUCGGGAAGCAUUAUUAACUUAUUUUCCGGAGGGUAUCGAACCUAAACCUUGGAGUUUUAAGGCACACAUUCCUUUUCAAAGACUUAUUGAUUUUAUUGAAAGGCUGAAUAAAUUAAUUGAUUUUUUAGGAACAGUCGUAGAUUUUCAAAAACUGGAUCGUAUUGAGUUUGCCGGAAUCAAAGGAAGAAAUUUAGGAUUUAAAAUACAGGAAAUGAUGAAUGAAUUUCAAACUGCUUGGAUGAUUUUCAAUACAGCCACUUACGAUUGUUUAGAACCUGACGUUAAUUCUUUUAUAAUUGAUUAUGAGAAAUUUCAAUUAAUAGCUUAUGACUUUGAUAGACGUCUUGCAUCAAUUUUUGUUCAAGCUUUUGAUGAAUGUUGCAAUCUUGAAAGUUUAUUUAAAUUGUGUAACAUUAUGGGAUCCUUUGCUAAGAGACCUGUUAUAAAAAAAACACUUGAGCCCAAAUACAAAAUAAUUUUGGAAUAUUUCGAAGAAGAAUUAAAUAUGUGUAAAAAAAUUUACGAUGAAAUGCUAUUAGAAUAUCAAAAAACUGGUUUUUACAAAGUUGAUCGAUUUUGGGCGCAGGUAUCCGGUAUUAUUUGCUGGAUUAUUAAAAUGAAGGGAAGAGUUGAUUACCCUAUUGAACCAAUGAAAAUGUUAGAGUAUCCUAUUUUAGAGUCUCCCGAAGCUCAAUAUUUGGUUGACAAACAUGAUCAAAUGAUGACACUAUUAGAUAAUUUGGAGAAAACUACUUUGGAUAAUUGGACAAAAAAAGCACCAGGAUUAAUAGAUGUUUGUUUAAGAAAACCAAUGCUGAUAAGAAGCACUGAUAACAAUAUGCUUUCAUUAAACUUUGAUCCCAUUCUUGUUUGCAUGUUCAGAGAAAUUCGAUACUUGAAUGCAAUUGGUCCUUAUCCCUUUCCAAUUGCCAUAACAGAAUUUUAUGAUAGAGUCGAGCAGUUUUAUUCAUUCGUUCAUAAUUUAAAUCAGUUAAUAAGCUGGUAUAAUCAAAUUAGGCAAAGAUCUCGACCUGUGGAAUUUAACCUUUUUGAAGAUGAAAUAACAUUAAUUGAUAUGCUAUUAGAUGGAGGAAUUCAAUAUUUAGAUUGGAAUUCUCCUGAGGCGGAAGUUUUUAUUUUAAAAUCUCGUUAUCUGAUAAAAAAACUGUUUGACAGAGUUAUAGAAGCUCAAGAAAAUGCUGCAUUAAUUUAUCAAUUAAUAUUUCAAUGGAGUAAUGAGCCUCUCUAUGAAAGGACUGCACCACGUCAACUUUUAGGAUACGAAGAUAGGGUUCACAGAGUUAGAACCAGUAUCACUCAAGCCGGUGAAGAUAUUCAUGAAUUAAUACAAAUAAAUUAUCAUUUGCUUCUUGAUAUUCCUUUACCAGAGCAUUUAAUUGCAUCCGACGAUGAAAAAAAAAUCGAAGAAGAAGAAGAAGAAGCUGUUGGAGGUACAGAAGAAGAACAGCCAGUAGCAGUAAAAAAAAAGAAAACGCAUUUAAAGAAAAGAAGAAUUGAAGAACCCAUAAGUCCUUUACUUGCGGGAGUUUUGGAUCCUCCUCGACUUUUACCACCUCUUGAUUACAGAAAAGACGAUUUAAGAAAAAAAAAGGCACAAAAGUCGGAUAAAGAUGGUGAGCGGCCUAAAACACACGAUACGCCUGCACCAGGUCCUCCAGCUUCUUUUACAUUAAGUCCUUCCGUUCCACAACAAUCCCUUGAAUAUUUAUGGGAACAAAGAAGAAUUAAAUGGGAAGCUUAUUUAGAUUACGUUGAUCAAGUGGUUGUCGCGGGAAUAUUAAGCUCCAUAGCAUGCAGUAUUGGUUAUUUAAUAGAUGAAACUGACUCAUCUGUAAAAGAUCGUUUGCCUCUUUUUGAAGUUUCGUUGGAACUUCAAGAACCUAGUUUAAUUUUUAUUCCCUCUCUUGGUGAAAAUUCUGCUUUCAUGGAUUUGAUAAACCUUAUAGAAGAAGACAUAUUUAACGUUGGGAAAUUAAUUCGUAGAGUAGCAUCACAUAAAGAAUGGCCUGAUUACGAGUAUGAAGCAAGAGGUUGCUUAGAUCUUCAUGAAAUGGGUGCAGAACUCAUCGUGCGAGCCAAAGUUGUCAUGUUCGAUGCCCUUCGUUAUGCAGAUACCCUUUUGGAAUAUUCUUAUUUAUGGUUGGACGAUAAGCAGGAAUGCUUGAGCGUUUUCUUAAAAUAUGGUAGAUUAUUGACAAAAGAAGAACAAGAAAUCGUUCUUACAACGGGAGAUGUAAAUGCUUUGGGUUUGACGGAAAGAUUUCCCAGUACCAAUGAUUUUAAACAAAUAAUUGACAAUUAUAAUGAUCUUUACAAAGAAUUAGAUAAUAAACUUGAAAUAAAAAAAGUAUUUGAAAAUUGGUUUCAAGUCGAUUGCAAACCAUUUAAAAAUGCUUUGUUAAAUACUAUUUGCAAAUGGGCAAAUUUAUUUAAAAAUCAUUUAUAUAAUUAUGUUUUAGACAGCAUAAGCGAACUAGAGGAAUUUAUAAUAGAAUCUGACGGUGUGCUACUGCUACCGGUCGAAGAAGGGGAUUAUGAUGCUUUAGUACGAGUCAUGGCAGUUUUAAAAAAAAUCAGAGAUAGACAAUUUGAAACGGACGAAAUGUUUAAACCAUUGCGAGAAACAAUAGAAUUACUUAAAACAUACGAAGUCGAAUUUUCCGAAGAAACUUAUAUUCAAUUACAAGAAUUGCCUGAUAAAUGGAACAAUUUGAAAAAAUUAGCAGUUGCAGUAAAACAAAUGAUUGCACCAUUAGUUGCAAAACAAGUGAAUAUAAUAAGAAAAAGAAUUAUGUUAUUCGAUUUGCGACAAAAUUUAUACAAAGAAGCAUUUAAAAAACUUCCAUUUUAUUCUUUUGAUUGUAAAAACAUUUACUCCAUUUUGGAUACCGUUAAUGAAGAAAUAUCAAAAAUGGAAACUUUGAGAGAUAAAAUAACAAAACAAGCUGAAUUAUUCGAAGUUAAUGUACCCGAAUUCCUUACUUUGAUUCAAGUUCGAAAAGAUUUAAAAUCUAUAAAAUUAUUAUGGGACUAUGUAAAUAUAAUAGAAGCUUGGUUUGUCGAAUGGAAAGCGACGUCGUGGAAAAAUAUCGAUAUUGAGGGAGUAGAUUUCGAAUGUAAAAGAUUCGGAAAAGAACUUCGCGGUUUAGAUAAAGAAGUUCGAUCGUGGAAUAAAUUGGGUAAUAAAGUUAACGUGAAGUUUGUCAUGACGGAUUCGACAACUUUGGCAGAUUUGAUAAAUCUCAAUUUACAUCAAUUUGAAGAAGAAGUAAAAACAAUUGUUGACAAAUCAGUGAAGGAAAUGGCUAUGGAAAAAACUUUGAAAGAAUUGGAAGUUACGUGGAAAAAUAUGGAAUUCGAAAAACAACAUCACGCAAGAACAAAUACGGCUAUUAUUGCGGCCAGUGAAGAAUUGAUAGAGAUUUUAGAAAACGAUCAAAAUCAAUUACAAAAUAUGAUGAGCUCUAAAUUCAUUGAUUAUUUCUACAAUGAAGUUUCGAGUUGGCAAAAUAAAUUAAGUAAUGCCGAUCAAGUAAUAACCGCAUGGAUGGAAGUGCAAAGAUCUUGGCAACAUUUGGAGUCGAUUUUUAUCGGGUCCGAAGAUAUAAGAUCUCAAUUACCAGAAGAUUCAAAAAGAUUUGAAGGAAUUGAUAGGACUUUUAAAGGUCUUUUAGCGAACAUGGUAAAAGAUUUAAAUGUUAUCAGAUCUACCAACAAGCCAGGAUUAAUACCACAAUUGGAAGAUUUGGAAAAACAAUUAGUCAUGUGCGAAAAAGCUUUAUCGAAUUAUUUGGAAACGAAAAGACUUGCUUAUCCACGAUUUUAUUUCGUGUCAUCAGCUGAUUUAUUAGAUAUAUUAUCAAACGGAAAUCAACCGGAAUUAGUUGGACGUCAUCUUCCCAAACUGUACGAUUCCAUAGGAAAAUUGAAAUAUCAAUCGGGAACAAAAUUCGCUAAAGGAAUGUAUGCCAAAGAUGGCGAAUAUGUUGAAUUUAAAGGCGUUUGCGAUUGCAGCGGAAAAGUUGAACAUUGGUUAAAUCGAGUUACGGAUAUAAUGAGGAAAACAUUACGAAUUUAUUUUAGUAAUGGCGUUGUAGCUUAUGACGAAAUGAGCAGAGAUCAAUUUUUAUUUGCGUUUCCUGCUCAAGUAGCACUUUGCGGUACUCAAAUAUGGUGGACGACAGAAGUUAACAUAGCUUUUGAAAGAUUAGAGGAAGGUUAUGAAAACGCACUAAAGGAUUAUAACAGAAAACAAAUAUAUCAGUUGAACGUAUUGAUUACUCUUUUAUGUGGGGAUUUAUCGAAAGGAGAUAGACAAAAAAUUAUGGCUGUUUGUACAAUUGAUGUACACUCAAGAGAUGUAAUCGCUAAAAUGAUAUUACAAAAAAUAGAAAGUUCUACAGCUUUUCAGUGGCAGUCUCAGCUGAGGCAUAGAUGGGAUUUAAAAGUAAAAGAUUGUUUCGGGAAUAUUUGUGACGCUCAAUUCCGCUACGAUUACGAAUAUUUGGGAUGUACCCCUCGUCUGGUCAUUACGCCAUUGACAGAUCGUUGUUAUAUUACCCUAACACAAUCUUUACAUUUAAUUAUGGGUGGUGCACCCGCGGGACCUGCAGGAACUGGAAAAACUGAAACCACGAAAGAUUUAGGCCGAGCUUUAGGUUUUAUGGUAUACGUAUUCAAUUGUUCAGAACAAAUGGACUAUAAGUCUUGUGGUAACAUAUAUAAAGGCCUGGCACAAACGGGAGCUUGGGGAUGUUUUGAUGAAUUUAAUAGAAUAUCAGUAGAAGUACUGUCGGUUGUAGCCGUGCAAGUAAAAAUUAUUCAGGACGCCAUUAAAACAAAAAAAAAUAAAUUCAACUUUUUAGGAGAAAUGAUUAAUUUAGUAUCAACAGUGGGUAUUUUCAUUACAAUGAAUCCUGGUUACGCUGGAAGAACGGAAUUGCCUGAAAAUUUAAAAGCAUUAUUCAGACCCUGUGCUAUGGUUGUACCUGACUUUGAAUUAAUCUGUGAAAUUAUGUUGGUUGCUGAAGGAUUUCAGGAGGCUCGAUUACUCGCUCGUAAAUUUAUCACUCUUUAUACGUUAUGUAGAGAAUUACUUUCCAAACAAGACCAUUACGAUUGGGGUUUAAGAGCUAUUAAAUCCGUGUUGGUGGUGGCUGGGUCAUUAAAGAGAGGUGACAGGUUACGACCAGAAGAUCAAGUAUUGAUGAGAGCUCUUCGAGAUUUUAAUAUUCCUAAAAUCGUUACUGAUGAUUUACCCAUAUUUAUGGGACUCAUUGGUGAUUUGUUUCCUGCUUUGGAUGUUCCCAGAAAGAGAGAUUUAGAUUUUGAAAAGGCAAUAAAAGGUGCAGCGUUAGAUUUAAAACUUCAACCGGAAGAUAAUUUUAUUUUAAAAUGUGUUCAAUUAGAAGAAUUAUUCGAUGUGAGACAUUCCGUAUUUAUCGUUGGAUUCGCUGGUACUGGAAAAAGUCAAGUUUGGAAAACUCUCAAUAGAACUUAUGCGAAUCAAAAAAAAAAACCUUGGUACAAUGAUUUGAAUCCAAAAGCUGUCACGAAUGACGAAUUGUUUGGUGUUAUUAAUCCUUCCACGCGAGAAUGGAAAGAUGGUUUAUUUUCGGUUAUUAUGAGAGAUCAAGCAAAUAUGGCUGGUUAUGGACCCAAAUGGAUAGUUUUAGACGGUGAUAUCGAUCCAAUGUGGAUUGAAUCAUUAAACACUUUAAUGGACGAUAAUAAAGUACUGACUUUGGCUAGUAACGAAAGAAUCGCUUUAACUCCUUCAAUGAGAUUACUUUUUGAAAUUUCAAAUUUAAGAACUGCUACACCUGCAACCGUUUCAAGAGCUGGUAUUCUGUACAUAAAUCCUCAAGAUUUGGGAUGGAGCCCUUUUGUUGCCAGUUGGUUAGAUACCAGAACAAGCCAAUCGGAAAUAGCUCAAUUAAAUGUAUUGUUUGACAAAUACGUAACACCUUGCUUGGAAACCUUAAAGACAAAAUUUAAAAAAAUAACACCAUUACCGGAAAUUAAUCAUAUUCAAAUGUUAUGUCACUUAUUGGAUUAUCUUCUUAUACCUGCUAAUGUACCCAACGAUUGUCCCAAAGAAUGGUAUGAAAUUUAUUUUGCUUGGGCUUGCGUUUGGGCAUUCGGAUCAUCAAUGUUUCAAGAUCAGUUAAUAGAUUGGAGAAACGAAUUUAACAAAUGGUGGGUGAACGAAUUUAAAGUUGUUAAAUUUCCGACGGCGGGUACAAUUUUUCAUUAUUUUAUUGAUCAAGAAACGAAAAAAUUUUUACCGUGGACGGAAAAAGUUGUUCAUUAUGAAUUCGAUCCUGAUGUUCCGCUACAAUGUACUCUAGUUAAUACAUCUGAAACGACUAGAUUAAGAUAUUUCAUGGAUAUUUUUACUGCUGUCAAAAUUCCAAUCAUGUUUGUCGGAAGUGCAGGAUCUGGAAAAAGUGUAAUAGUAGCUGAUAAAAUAGACAAUCUACCUGAAUCUUACGCUGUGACUAAAGUUCCGUUUAAUUUUUACACCACUUCCGAAAUGUUGCAAAAAAUGUUAGAAAAACCGCUGGAGAAAAAAGCUGGACGAAAUUAUGGUCCUCCUGGAAACAAACGUAUGAUUUAUUUUAUCGAUGAUAUGAACAUGCCAGAGGUUGAUGCUUAUGGCACCGUACAACCACACACACUCAUUAGACAACACAUAGAUUACAAUCAUUGGUACGAUAGGGUAAAAUUAACGCUAAAAGAAAUUCACAAUUGUCUAUACGUUUCUUGUAUGAAUCCGACAGCUGGAAGUUUUACUAUUGAUCCUCGGUUACAAAGACAUUUUGCCGUAUUUGCAGUCAGUUUACCCUCUGGCGAUGCAUUAUUUAGCAUCUUCGAAAAAAUUUUGUCCGGUCAUCUGGGUUAUCCUGGUUCAAAAUUUAAUCCUGCACUUCUUAAAUCCGUAUCGAAUUUAGUUAGCGUAGCUCUACAGCUUCACCAAAAGAUGAGUCAAACAUUUUUACCGACGGCUAUUAGAUUUCAUUACGUAUUUAACAUGCGUGACUUGUCAAAUAUUUUUCAAGGCAUACUUUUUUCUACUCCUGAAUGUUUACCUACUCCUGCAUCCCUUAUAAAGCUUUGGUUGCAUGAAGUUAAUAGAGUUUACUGCGAUAAAUUAAUUGAUGAAAAAGAUAUAAAAACGUUUCAAUCUCUCGUAUUGGAAAUAACUCGAAAAGGGAUUGAAGAAUUUAAUGAGCAUGAAGUGUUUGUUAAUCCUUUAAUGUAUUGUCAUUUUGCUGAGGGUAUAGGAGAAUCGAAAUACCUACCAGUUGAUUCUUGGGCUUCCAUGAAUAAACUUCUCGAAGAAGCUUUAUCUCAAUAUAACGACUUAAUUGCGGCCAUGAAUUUGGUCUUGUUUGAGGAUGCGAUGCAUCAUAUUUGCAGAAUUAAUAGAAUUUUAGAAGCUCCAAGAGGUAAUGCUUUAUUAGUAGGAGUAGGAGGUUCCGGAAAACAAUCUCUUUCCAGAUUAGCAUCGUUUAUAUCAUCACUCGAAGUAUUUCAAAUACAAUUAAAGAAAGGAUAUUCUUUGGCUGACUUAAAGGCGGAUGUUUCUGUUCAAUAUAUAAAAGCAGGAUUAAAAGGAAUGGGUAUUGUUUUUCUCAUGACCGACGCUCAAGUAGCAGAAGAAAAAUUUUUAGUCGUUAUAAAUGAUUGUUUAGCAUCCGGUGAAAUUUCUGAAUUAUUCCCCGAUGAUGAAGUCGAUAACUUAAUUAACACCAUAAGAACUGAAGUAAAAACUGCAGGGAUCAUAGAUACGAAAGAAAAUUGUUGGAAAUAUUUCAUUGAUAAAGUACGAAGAUUAUUAAAAGUAGUUUUGUGUUUCUCUCCCGUCGGAUCAACUCUUCGUGUUCGAUCCCGGAAAUUCCCAGCUGUGGUCAACUGCACCGCAAUCGAUUGGUUUCACGAAUGGCCUUAUGAGGCACUUCUUUCAGUGUCUCUCAGAUUUCUUGAGGAGUUGGAAGCUCUACCUGCAAAACUUCGUCCAUCUGUGUCAAAAUUCAUGGCAAAUACGCAUACAAGCGUGAAUCAAAUGUCACAAAUUUACCUAACUAAUGAAAGACGUUAUAAUUAUACUACGCCAAAAUCAUUUUUGGAACAAAUCAGUUUGUAUUUUAAAUUAUUAAAUGAAAAAAAUAAAGCGAAUCUUGACAGAAUUCAAAAACUCGAAAAUGGUUUGACGAAAUUAGUCAGCACAUCUGUACAGGUGGAUGGAUUGAAAAAAGUUCUUGCCGCUCAAGAAAUUGUCUUAGGUGAAAAAAAUGCUGCUGCCGAUGCUUUAAUUACGGUUGUCGGAGCGGAAAGUGAAAAAGUUUCAAAAGAAAAAGCGAUCGCUGCGGAAGAAGAAGAAAAAGUCAGAGCCAUUGAAGAGGACGUAUCUGCAAAACAAAAAGUUUGCGAAGAAGAUUUAGCUAAAGCCGAACCCGCUUUAUUGGCUGCUCAGGCUGCUUUGGAUACUUUGGAUAAAACAAAUUUAACUGAAUAUAAAUCUUUUGGUACGCCUCCUCCUGGAACAGACGAAGUAGCGGCUGCCGUAAUGGUAUUAUUUGCUCCAAAAGGUAAAAUUCCAAAAAUGCAAGAUCGAAAUUGGAAAAAUUGCAAGAUAAUGAUGUCAAAAGUAGACACAUUUUUAGAUCAACUUAAACAUUACGAUAAAGAAAAUAUGCAACCGGAAGCAGUUAAAGCAGUUCAAUAUUAUAUAGAUAAACCUGAUUUCGAUCCUGAAAGAAUUAAAACAAAAUCUCAAGCUGCUGCAGGACUCUGCUCGUGGGUUAUUAACAUAAUAAAAUUUUAUGACGUAUACGUAUACGUCGAACCCAAAAGGCAAGCUUUGAUGAAAGCUAACAAAGAUUUGCAAGAAGCUCGAGAUAAAUUAAAAUUUUUAAAAGAAAAACUAGUUGAUCUAGAAGAAAAAUUGGGAAAACUUACAUCUGAAUUCGAUUCAGCCAUGGCGGCAAAAAUGAAAUGUCAAGCCGAAGCAGAUGCAACGGCUUUAACAAUAAAUUUAGCCAAUAGAUUAGUCGGAGGUUUAGCUUCUGAAAAUAUUCGUUGGAGACAAUCAGUAUCAAAUUUAAAAUCUGUCGGAGAAACUUUGCCGGGAGAUGUUCUUCUUGUAACCGCUUUCAUUUCUUACGUUGGUUGUUUUAACAAACGUUAUAGAAUUGAUUUAAUGGAAAAAAAUUGGAUACCAUUCAUUAAAACACCGAAAAUUCCCGUUAUGGAAGAAUCCGAUCCUUUAUCGUUAUUAAUUGACGAUGCCAUAAUAGCAAAAUGGAACAAUGAAGGUCUACCGAAUGAUAGAAUGUCAAUUGAAAAUGCGACGAUUUUAGUUAAUUCAGCAAGAUGGCCGUUAAUGAUUGAUCCACAACUUCAAGGUAUAAAAUGGAUAAAAAAUAAAUACGGAGAAGACCUUAAAGUAAUUCGACUCGGUCAAAAAUCAUAUUUAGAUAUAAUUGAGAAUUCAAUAAGCGAAGGAGAUACGGUUUUGAUCGAGUACAUAGGAGAAUCCGUUGACGCAGUUUUAGAACCUCUUUUAAGUCGUGCUCUUAUAAGAAAAGGACGAGCUAUUAAAAUAGGAGAUAAAGAAGUUGAUUUUAAUCCAAAUUUUAGAUUAAUCCUUCAGACUAAACUUGCUAAUCCUCAUUAUAAGCCGGAAAUGCAAGCUCAAACGACUUUAAUUAAUUUUACGGUGACGAAAGAUGGUUUAGAAGAUCAAUUGCUGGGUGGAGUGGUUAAAGCUGAAAGACCAGAUUUGGAAGAACUCAAAACGGAACUCACACAACAGCAAAACACAUUUAAGAUAACGUUAAAAUUUUUAGAAGAUGAUCUUUUAUACAGGUUGAGUUCUGCAGGUGAUGAUAUUUUAAGUGAUGUGGCUUUAGUCGAAAAUCUCGAAACGACUAAAAAAACGGCAGAUGAUAUCAUCGUCAAAGUUGCCGAAGCUAAAAUCACUUCUGUUAAAAUCGAUGAAGCUAGAGAACAUUAUAGACCUGUUGCAACGAGAGCAUCGCUGUUGUAUUUUGUACUCAAUGAUUUAUGUAAAAUCAAUCCCAUGUAUCAAUUUUCAUUAAAGGCUUUUACCAUAGUUUUUCUAAAAGCUUUAGCAACAACAGAAAAAGCAACAAAUUUGAGAAACAGAGUUUCUAAUCUAAUAGAAACUGUUACUUACAAUGUAUUUAUGUAUACCAGUCGAGCUUUAUUUGAAGCCGACAAAUUAAUUUUUAAAGCUCAAAUGGCUAUACAAAUAUUAUUAGAUGCAAAAGAAGUAGAACCGGAAGUGUUGGAUUUUUUGCUUCGAUUUCCAGCUAAUCCAAAUGUAUAUUCUCCAGUUGAUUUUUUGACUCAUUUAGGUUGGGGAGGCGUAAAAACAUUAUCGAAUCUUAGCGAAUUCAAAAAUUUAGAUAAAGAUAUUGAGGGUUCGGCUAAAAGGUGGAAAAAGUUUGUGGAAAGUGAAAAACCGGAAAGGGAAAAACUACCGCAAGAAUGGAAAAAUAAAACGGCUUUACAAAGAUUGUGCAUUAUGAGAUGUUUGCGACCCGAUAGAAUGAUUUACGCUGUGGGAACUUUUAUCGAAGAAAAAUUGGGUCUUCGUUUUGCCGAAGCCAGAUCUAUUGAAUUUGCAAAAUCUUACGAAGAAUCAAGCAGUGAAACCCCAAUUUUCUUCAUUUUAUCUCCCGGAGUGGAUCCUCUUAAAGAUGUGGAAAAGUUAGGAAAAAAAUUAGGAUACACGAUGGAUAAAAAGAAUUUCCAUAAUGUCUCAUUAGGUCAAGGACAAGAAACGGUUGCUGAAGAAGCGAUGGAAACUUCUAGUCGAAAUGGACAUUGGGUCAUAUUACAAAAUGUUCAUCUGGUUAAAAAUUGGUUGCCUACGUUAGAAAAAAAAAUGGAACAAUGUAUGGAAGGAGCUAAUGAAAAUUACAGAUUGUACAUAUCGGCUGAACCUGCACCGAGUGAAGAAUUUCAUAUUAUUCCUCAGGGUAUUUUGGAAUCGGCGAUAAAAAUAACAAACGAACCUCCAACGGGAAUGCUUGCUAACAUCCAUAAAGCUCUGGAUAAUUUCACGCAAGAAACAUUUGAUAGUUGUUCGAAAGAAGCUGAAUUUAAAGGGAUUUUAUUUGCUUUGUGUUAUUUUCAUGCUGUCGUUGCUGAAAGAAGAAAAUUCGGAUCUCAAGGAUGGAACAGAGUUUAUCCGUUUAAUAACGGAGACUUGACCAUCAGCGUUAGCGUAUUGUAUAAUUACCUGGAAAACAAUUCGAAAAUUCCAUGGGAAGAUUUAAGGUAUUUGUUUGGUGAAAUUAUGUACGGAGGACACAUUACCGAUGAUUGGGAUAGAAGAUUAUGUCGAACUUAUUUAGAAGAAUUUAUGAGACCUGAAUUGCUGGACGGUGAUUUGUAUUUUGCACCUGGAUUUUUAGCUCCACCAAAUUCAGAUUUUGUCGGUUAUCACAAUUACAUUGACGAUGCACUUCCUUCGGAGAGUCCAAGUCUCUACGGAUUACAUAUUAAUGCCGAAAUUGGAUUUUUAACGACGCUAUCAGAAAACAUGUUUAGAGUCAUUUUUGAAAUGCAACCGAGAGAUGCUGGAUCUGGUGAUGGAGCAAAAAUGACUAAAGAAGAAAAGUUAAAAAUAAUAUUAGACGACAUUUUGGAUAAAGCUCCGGAAGAAUUUAAUAUGAUAGACAUAAUGGGAAAAGUCGAAGACAAAACUCCAUACAUAUUAGUCGCCUUCCAAGAACUCGAAAGAAUGAAUAUUUUAUUUAGAGAAAUAAAAAGAUCUUUAAAAGAAUUAGAUUUAGGACUUAAGGGUGAACUUACUAUAUCAACUGAUAUGGAAACGCUCAUGACUACUUUGUUUCUGGAUCAAAUACCACCAGCUUGGGCAAAAAGAGCUUAUCCUUCUUUGCUCCCGUUAGGAGCCUGGUAUGCAGAUUUAAUUGUUCGACUUAAGGAAUUAGAAACUUGGGCUCAAGAUUUUAACCUUCCAGCAGCUGUUUGGUUAGCUGGAUUUUUUAAUCCCCAAUCAUUUUUAACGGCUAUUUUGCAAAGCACAGCGCGGAAAAACGAAUGGCCUUUAGAUAAAAUGUGCCUACAUUGCGAAGUAACCAAAAAAGUCAGAGAAGAAUUCACGGGGCCACCUCGUGAAGGUGCUAAUAUUUGGGGAUUGUAUAUGGAAGGUGCUCGUUGGGAUACAUCAUCCGGCGGAAUUGUAGAAUCCAAAGUAAAAGAAUUAUUUCCGACAAUGCCGGUUAUAUACAUAAAAGCAAUUACUCAGGAUAAACAAGAUUUAAGAGGAUUAUACGAAUGUCCAGUUUAUAAAACCAGGCAAAGAGGACCAACUUACGUUUGGACAUUUAAUUUAAAAACGAAACAAAAACCCGCCAAAUGGACUUUGGCUGGCGUAGCACUAUUGUUAGGAAUUUAA